AAACGUCCUAUAGCAUUAAAGAAAAUGAAAUUAUGAGUUGCAAACUGUCACAGCAGGAUAGAAACCUUUUCCAGGUAAACAUGACAUCAGUGUCGAGCUCUUACCUUAACAAGACCGUACGUGAGCAUUAUAUGAGAUUGCCACAAGGAGAAAAAUGCCAGGUGACUUACAUCUGGAUUGAUGGAACUGGAGAAGGACUCCGCAACAAAACCCGGACCCUGGAUACAGAACCUAAAAGUAUACAAGAUAUUCCUGAAUGGAAUUUUGACGGUUCAAGCACAUAUCAGUCCGAAGGCUCCAACAGUGACAUGUACCUCAUCCCAGUGUGCAUGUUCAGAGAUCCAUUCACGCUUGACCCCAAUAAACUGGUCCUUUGUGAAGUUUUGAAACAUAACCGCAUUGCAGCAGAAACAAACCAUCGAAUGAGCUGCAAGAAAGUCAUGGACCAGAUUCAAGAGCAUCGGCUAUGGUUUGGCAUAGAGCAGGAAUAUACACUUAUUGGAAAAGAUGGGCAUCCAUUUGGUUGGCCUCAAAAUGGAUUCCCUGCACCCCAAGGUCCCUAUUACUGUGCAGUGGGCACAGACAAAGCUAUUGGGCGGGACAUCGUGGAAUGUCAUUACAAGGCAUGCCUCUACGCUGGGAUCAAAAUCUUUGGAACAAAUGCUGAAGUUAUGCCAUCUCAGUGGGAGUUCCAGGUAGGUCCCUGCGAAGGUAUUGAGAUGGGAGAUCACCUGUGGGUUGCACGCUUCUUGUUGCAUCGUGUAUGUGAGGAUUUUGGGGUUGCUGCAACACUGGACCCAAAACCAAUUAAGGGAAACUGGAAUGGUGCCGGUGCCCAUACUAAUGUCAGCACUAAGCAGAUGAGGGAAGAGGGAGGACUGCAAUACAUUGAGCAGGCAAUCAAGAAGCUGAGCAAAAAACACAUGGAGCAUAUUAAGAAGUACGACCCACACGGUGGUCAGGACAACACGAGACGUCUCACAGGUCUUCAUGAGACUUCCAACGUCAAUGAAUUCUCUGCUGGAAUUGCAAACAGAGGUGCCAGUAUCCGCAUUCCUCGCCAGGUGGGUCAAGAAAAGAAAGGCUACUUUGAGGACCGCCGCCCUGCAGCAAACUGUGACCCGUACCUUGUGACCAAGGCCAUUGCAACCACCUGCUUGCUUGAUGACGAAGAAGAAGUGAAGGGUAAUUUGAUAAUAUGACAAAGCUCAGUCUAUCUUGACUGGUUGUAGGAUUAUUUAAAAAUGAGAGUUAGUUUUUAGUUUACCUGAAGAAUUUGAGAGUUGCUUUAUUGUCACUUAAUAUAGAAAUCAUCAUUUCGGUUUCACUUUCAUACUCUUACACAAACUUAAGUAAAAUUUACAUUUGUAUCCUGUCUUAUAUCUGCAAAUAUAUUAUGUGGAGGGAAGUUUCAUGGACACACUGACAGUUUAUUAUUUUCUGGCCACACCGUUCUGAGGACCGGGGUUCAAAUCCCCCCCUGUGUUGAGUUUGCAUGUUCUCCCCGUGCCUGCCUGGGUUUUCUCUGGCCACUCCAGUAUAGUCUAAAUCUAUAGUUUAAAUAUCCCCAAAUAAAGGAAAGACAACCCACCCAAAACAUUUGCAAUACUUUAUUUUGAUUUUUGAAGCAAUGUUGGAUUUGACAUCACAUUCUCAUGAUAAAAUGGAAUUAAAAAUCCAUUCUCGGUGCUGAUUAUCCUCAUAAGGGUUACGGAUGUUCUGGAGCACAUCCCUAGCUGACUUUGGGCAAGAGGCGGGCCACACCGUGAACUGGUUUCCAGUGAAUUGCAGUUGCUUAAAGCAAUACAAUUUUAUAAUAUAAUUAUGUUUUUCAGUAUUUAUUAUGAAAGGUACGUGAUAGCAAAGAAAAACUGCAUUUAAAAUGUAGUUUUAAUUUCUAAUUUAAUUUUCAAACUGUAUUGUUUGCAUGCCCUCUAGUGCUUGAGUUGCGUUUUCUCCAUUGUUCUUGCUUCCCCCCCAGAUUCCAAAAACAUAUUUCUUGGGUUAACUGAUCUGGUCAAUGUAACAGGGUUACUGUGAAAAGAGAUUUCACUUGUUUAG